AAUAAAUAGUUGAAGACGAAGAAGUUCGUCACCGUAUCGAAGGUCGUCGACUACUUGAACAUCCUUCUCACAAAAGCUCACACCAACAUAGGCGCUGCCAAGAUGAAGGACAUCUACGGCAUCCCCACGCCCGUUUCGUGGGCCUUGGUGCAUUUGUGGAUGAGAAUGGCUGACUACAACUUCGACCGGGCCGCUCAGACGGAAUAUACCGACGGGCACAACAAAACCAGAUGUAGUAGCUUCGAGCCUGCUGUACGUGGUGGAACUACAGCGGCUUUCCUAUUGGCAGCCUGUUUGAGUGCAGAUGCCACACGAAGACUUGAGCAAGGGCGGUAAGGAGGCCAUCGAGAAUAAAUGUCUGCCCUGCGAGGUAUGGUUGAAUAUGCGUACAGCCGCAACGGGAAGAAAUUCAUGGAACUCACGUGGCCAGGCUUGAAAGGGCGGGCGAUUCCGAGGGCAAGGGGAUGUCUACCGACGAGGGUGCGAUUGAUGUGGUGCGUUUGAAAUCAAAUUAUGGCGGGAACUUCAACAAACUUGCGUUUUGAGGUUUAAGCGGAAUCUUCGUGUCGCGUCAAUCACGAGGAAGGCGUCUGCAAGUGUUAUUUGGGUGCGUGGCAUAUAGGGCAGGACGAGUGUAUGUUGAAGGCAUAACUUCGGCAGGGAUAGGAGUGGGUCAUUGGAGGGGUGCGUGGCCCAGGAAGAAAGCAGAGGGUCCAGAAAUCACGGUCUCAGGGUUUCAAGAGGAGAUUCGAGGGGUUGGAUCUGGCAUGACGAGCGAGGAGAUUGGCGUGUCAAUGCCUAUUGCACAACCCACGGCCGCGCCGCCCUGAAGAAAGUCCGGGGAUUACGACUCUGGACUACGACAAGUAAAAAUUGUUACGGGUGGCAAGGGAAAGAGCAGGACGUAACCCUUACCCUUACCCUACCGUAAAUCAACCCAUUAUCGGGCACGAGGGUAAAAACCGAAAGAGGUUCGUCAGACAAAUGUUGUUGGAGUCGGGGCUGCGGGAAGAUGCAACAGUGGGCAAGGCGGAUCGUAGCUCUGACGAGAACGCUUCUAUGAGAUUGGGAGAGUUCUCUGAUUUCAAGCACGAGAAGUCUACGCUACUGCACCUCUUAGAGAGCCGUGGGCAUGUCCUGAUCAUGUCAACAAAAUGCCACCCACAGCUGGCAGGAGGAGGCAUCGAGCACGCUUGAGGUUUGGCCAAGUUAGAGUUUCGGCGUAAACGUAACGACAUGCUGGAGACGUUGAGCACGGAGGAAACGAUUCUCACCCAUACCCGUAUUUGUAGGUUUUGCGCAGAGUACCAGGGACUACCGACGCACACACGCUUAACUGGGCUCAGUGCGGACAGCGCACGGUGGG